CUUGCAUGGCAGACGUCACUAGUUGUGUAGGGGAGUAUAGGCUGUGUUGUCAGCCCGGUGUCAGUCUGAUGAAGAUUGGCAUUCAGACUGUCAAAGAGAGCACUCCGGGGUAUCAGGUGCCACUGACAUUUAAAUGCACUGAUGCUGAGGACAAACAACUGGUCUCCAUGUGAAGCUCUCCCAUGAUGCAACAUGUGCCUUCAGCACCAGCACUGACAAUGAUGGCCACACAGAGCGUCCCCCCACCAUCUUACCAAGAGAGCCAACAGAUGACGGGCACAACACAGCAGAACACAAAGGCCCCGCAGGUCCACAUCUCGGCGUCAUCCGCGGCAGGGGCCACUCCAGUCAACGUGACCCUCGACCCCCAGGCCCAGCUAGAGUCUGACAAAAGAGCUGUUUACAGACACCCUCUCUUCCCGCUGCUGGCUCUGCUGUUUGAGAAGUGCGAGCAGGCCACACAGGGCUCUGAGUGCAUCACGUCAGCCAGCUUUGACGUCGACAUCGAGAACUUCGUGCACCAGCAGGAGCAGGACCGCAAGCCAUUCUUCAGCGAUGACCCUGAACUCGACAACCUGAUGGUGAAGGCCAUCCAGGUGCUGCGUAUCCAUCUUCUGGAGCUGGAGAAGGUGAACGAGUUGUGUAAGGACUUCUGCAACCGCUACAUAACUUGCCUCAAGACCAAGAUGCACAGUGACAAUCUUCUACGCAAUGACCUUGGUGGGCCCUAUUCGCCAUCGCACACAAACCUGCAGCAGGACCUGCUGCAGAGCUCCUCCCCCUCUCUUCCUGUGUCCAGCUCAGUUAACCCCUCGGGCAUCGUGGUUCCUGCCGGCUCUCUGCCUCAGAGUAACGUGACCAUGACCACUAUCAACUCACAGGUGGUGUCAGGGGUUCCCACAGGUGGGACACUGUAUCAGCCCGUUGCUAUGGUGACCUCUCAGGGGCAGGUGUUAACACAGACUCUACCGCAGGGGACCAUUCAGAUACAGAACACACAGGUGAACCUGGACUUGUCCUCCCUCUUGGACAGCGAUGACAAGAAGUCAAAGAACAAGAGGGGUGUUCUCCCCAAACACGCCACAAACAUCAUGCGAUCCUGGCUCUUCCAGCACCUCAUGCAUCCUUACCCCACAGAAGAUGAGAAACGACAGAUUGCUGCACAAACCAACCUUACCUUAUUACAGGUGAACAACUGGUUUAUUAAUGCACGCAGACGCAUUCUGCAGCCUAUGCUGGAUGCCAGUAACCCUGACCCUGCCCCAAAAGCAAAGAAGAUGAAGUCGCAGCACAGGCCCACGCAGCGCUUCUGGCCCGACUCCAUUGUGGCCGGUGUGCUGCAGACGCACGGGCCACACUCGGCCAACAACUCAGACGGGUCCCUGGCCAUGGACAGCCUGCAGCCGCUGUCCUCUGACUCAGCCACACUGGCCAUGCAGCAGGCCAUGCUGGCAGGAGCUGACGACUCAAUGGAUGGCACUGAGGAAGACGAGGAGGAAGAAGAAGAGGAGGAGGAAGGGAUGGAGGAGGAGGAAGAAGAAGAUGAUGAAGAGGAAAGUGAUGGAAGGAGGCAGCUGCCCGGCUCCGGCAGGAGGGAUCUGCGCCUCAAUCACAACGAGCCACUGGAGUAGAGGCCACAGACACAGGAAAUGAUAUCACUAACCUGAUGCAAACUUAUCCCCAUGGCAACUUAUUUAAACAAUGCCCCAGAGGUUUCCAUUGGACACUUAAGUGCUGUGGAGUAUCCAGUUAGACAAGUGAGGACCCCUUUGAAAAAAAAUGUGGGCUGUGAUUUACAGUAAUUACUGAAUUUAACACUAUACUUUUACAGGACUAAUGAAUGCACCCAAAUUACCCAAGCAAACUUUGAAUGAUUAGUAAUCCUGGGAGAGUAAAGAGAAACUUCAGUUAUAUCAACACAAUCCACUGUGUACCGUCCAUCCUGCUAAGUUCAUAUAUUCAUGUCUUAUUUUGUUUCACAUGUCUCCUUGGUUCUCAGGUUAAAAAGCAUGAUAUAAUUUUUACACUCAUUGUUAACAAGAAACAUUAUCACUCCCUCCUUCCAACAAGGUGACCUUGCGGGCAAGAAUUUUCAGCGUGAGAUACUUUGCUAGCAACAAAAUUAAAUCUAGAGAUUGGAUACAAAAAAACAUUGUAAGAGAGCCAACAGCACAGCACGUAUACCUUUAGCUAGAAUGCACUUGUGCAGUUGCUUGAUAUUUAUGCUUUUAGGUUUUCAGUCAACAAUACUGUCCUCUGGAAAAAUUUCUCAUUUGCCUGGAACUCUUAGAUAAUGCAAUUCUGAAUGCAACCGAAGGCCACCUGCCUGAGCCUUUCAGACAGAGGACUCUGCUCACGACAAAAGAAACACGCGGGCAGAGCAAACAUGAUCCACGAGCCAUCUUGGAGGAAAAUAAACCAGUGUCUCCUUCCAGGCCAUCGAUGUCCUUGCGAUGUUUACCGGAGAAAUACUGCAGGAAUGAAGACAAUUUCUUCCAGAGUGUUUCAGCUGCUGGAACCCCUCUGUUUUCUGUGAAGGACAGAAACUGUGAAGAUUAUUCCCAAGCUUUUCUGAGAAAUCAGACCUCCACAGUGAAGCACCUGUUUCUGAUGUAAUGUCUAGAGAUGAACAAAGAUGUUCUUGGAUGUUAAUGGAGUUGGUCUUUGUGAAGUACAUGUUUCUCAUUAUCCUUUUCUUGGUCGUUUUUUAAAUGGUUCUUCCAGAGCAAGUGAUGAUAGGGGAGAUUUUUAUUUUGUUUGUACACAUUGUUGUCAUAAUCUAUUGUGUUUCAAUAGACCAUUUUUGAUAAUUAAAAGAGAUGAUUUUAGCUGA